CGUCCGUCGGUCACGUGGUGGGUUCGCGGGCGGGGCGGCUGGUGGUGUCGGCGGGCGGCGUCAUGGCGGUCAACUACAGCGCUAAGGAGGAGGCGGACGGGCACCCUGCGGGCGGCGGGCCUGGCGGCGGGGCCGCGGCCGGCGGUGGUGGAGCGGUGAAGACCCGCAAGCCGGACAACACAGCGUUCAAGCAGCAGCGCCUGCCCGCCUGGCAGCCCAUCCUGACAGCGGGCACAGUGCUGCCGGCCUUCUUCAUUAUCGGCCUCAUCUUCAUCCCCAUCGGUAUCGGCAUCUUCGUCACCUCCAACAACAUCCGCGAGUACGAGAUUGAUUAUACAGGAAUAGAGCCUUCCAGUCCUUGCAACAAAUGUUUAAAUGUGUCCUGGGAUAGCACACCGCCUUGUACUUGCACAAUCAAUUUCACAUUGGAGCAUUCAUUUGAGAGUAAUGUAUUCAUGUAUUAUGGACUUUCCAACUUCUAUCAAAACCACCGUCGCUAUGUGAAAUCUCGAGAUGACAGCCAACUAAACGGAGACAACAGCUCAUUACUUAAUCCAAGUAAGGAAUGUGAGCCCUACCGCACAAACGAGGAUAAACCCAUUGCUCCCUGUGGGGCUAUUGCCAACAGUAUGUUUAAUGAUACAUUGGAAUUAUACCACGUUGAAAAUGACACAAGGACUGCUAUUACUUUGAUUAAAAAAGGCAUUGCGUGGUGGACAGAUAAAAAUGUGAAGUUCAGGAACCCUACAGGAGAUGGAAAUAAUUUAACUGCACUCUUCCAAGGUACAACAAAACCAGUAAACUGGCCCAAACCAGUGUAUAUGCUGGACUCUGAGCCUGACAACAAUGGCUUUAUCAAUGAAGACUUUAUCGUGUGGAUGCGCACCGCUGCUCUGCCAACGUUUCGUAAGCUGUAUCGUCUCAUCGAAAGGAAGAGUAACUUACAGCCUACCUUACAGGCUGGAAAAUAUUCUUUGGAUAUCACGUACAAUUAUCCCGUGCACAGUUUUGAUGGACGAAAAAGAAUGAUCCUAAGCACCAUCUCAUGGAUGGGAGGCAAAAACCCCUUUCUGGGAAUUGCGUACAUCACUGUUGGGUCCAUAUGCUUCUUCUUAGGAGUUGUAUUGCUGAUCAUCCAUCACAAAUACGGAAAUAGAAACACUAGUGCAGACAUUCCCAAUUAAUCUCACAUUUUGAGAGCAACCAUGCUGCAUGUGCAUCAAGGCCAGUCCAGAACGGACUCAGUUGUUGGAAGAUAAAUCUCUGCUAACGUCACUUCUGAGGCUGGGUAUAUAAUUUUAUCUAAAGACCUUUCCCCUUGCUGUGAAUUAACUCUCAAAAUGACGGGUAUACAAUUAACUGCAUUGAUUGUAUCUCUGCAUACAUCAGAAACGAUUUUCUGAUGUUUGCCUCUAGCUGGGCAGGCCACUUGAUGCAUGUAGCCCUGGUUCCCUUGAUGCAUCUGCUGCUUGUCAUGUGCUGUGUAAUGUCAGUAUGAUUCAGUACAUACAGAUUGUGGAGAAGACCAUUGUAAGAUACUGUGUAAAUUGUUAACUUAGCAGAAUUUGAGUGUCAGUGCUGUUGAAAGGAAAAGGCAAGUCUCAAGUGUUUUUUUCAAUUUACUGUCUUGUGUGCAUGGACUCCUACAUUUCUGGCUGAGAUUUUAAUAUAUUUAUAUUAGCAGUUAAAUGUUUUUUCCUGUGUCCUACCCACCUUUGUUAUGUUAGAUUAUUUAAAGGCAGUGCAAACUGCAACACCUGGAAUUCCUUUUAAUAGUUGCAACAGAUGUGCCUGGCCAGUAAAACAGCAUUCUAUAAAGGCAUCGGAAAGCCUAUUUGUGAAUUAUCUGUAUGAGUUCCUCUUAAAUUUUGUUCUAAACUGGGAGACGUUUGUUGCAGGUAGAACCUGCGGUUUUGUCAUUUUCUUUGCUUUAAGUUAUAUCCAGCAGUAGUUUUCCUGAUGUGCUUGCUGGUUUUGCUUUUUAAAGAGUAUCUCCAAGCAGUAAGCAAGAUGAACAUAAAAUGUCUGUUCCAGUCACAAAUUUGAGCAAAUUCCUUUCACUAAAAGAGUUUAUUGAAACGUGUAUUCUGCUGAGCAGGCUUUGUUGUAAAGGAAAUCUCAUGUUCUGUUUCCUUAUUUGGAGUAGAUGCCACAAUAAAUUGUUUCAGUGUUGAGAUACUGAACUGUAGAAAUGGAAGAGUUGAGAUGACAGUAAUCUCUUUGUUAUUCCAGUGCAGGUUAAGUUUGCAGUGAAACAUAAUUGAAAUAUUGCAGUUAGAAGCGGUGUGAGUUUUAAUGUCUUAAACUACAGAAAGGUUCACUUCCAGGUUAAUUUGAAGCUAGCUAAUCUGUAAAAUACUAUUUGACUUUUUUUUUUUUUUUUUUUUUUUUUUUUUUUUUUUU